AUGGAAACCUCCAAUAUUUCACUUUCCGUUGAGCACAAUGCUAUUUAUUGUCAGGCUCACCACCUCGAAACUUGUACAGCUUGUGACAUCGACUUGUCACCACUCAACAAAUUGACAAAAGAACUACGCUCGAUUGAUGGAGACGUACCUCCUCCCAACUACGCGAGCGAACAGUUGUCUAGAGAAAUAAUACAUUAUAAAAAUGAGGGAGACGCUCACUAUAAGAAAAAGAACUACAACGAAGCCAUAAAAUUGUAUUCACGAGCAGUUGAAUUGGCCUUUACCAGACCAGUAUGGGAAUCCAGCAUGAGAAAUAGAGAAGAGCUAUCACUUUGUCUCAGUAACAGGGCGGCAGCCUACAUGGCCAUCAAUGCUUGGGUUGACGCAUAUGUAGAUGCGGUUGCUGUUUUACAAUUGAAGAAUCAGUGGACAAAGGGUCAUCUUCGCAAAGGGAGAGCCUUGAUGGGUUUGAAACGGUUCGAUGAAGCUGUUGAAGCAUUCAGAAUAGGUUUGACAUACGAUCCCGAAAACAAGGAAUUACAGACGUGGUUGGCUGAGGCCAAGGCUCUUUCGGAUUAA